CGUGCCCGGAUCUCAUUGCGUGCGUAAAACUCUCUUAAUGAAACCCCCAAAUACUUUUUGACCAACUUUGAAUUAUUGCCUCCGGGGGUCAACAGGGGUCUCCACUGAUUUAUCCGUGUCUUCCGUGCAAAGAAAACUUCAGUCAUGGAGCCCAAUUCCACAGAGGGAGGAGCUGAAGAGACGCUGCUUAAAAACCAUCCACCAAAUCCACCUCACAAAGGGAUACACAGACAUGGUUAUGAGCUGGAAGAAGAGCAGGAGGAGUUGGCUGAACACCAGCCUUUGGAGCAGGAAGACCUGAACUUUGAGAAAUGGAAGCGCAAGCCUUUACCCAAGAGGACACUCCACCAGAAAAUAGAUGAUUUGAAGACGUACCUAUGGAACGCGGAGACCAACGAGUUCAUGGGUCGUUCCGGAAAGAGCUGGAGUCUCAUCCUCCUCUUUUAUGCUGCACUUUACGUGUUUCUGGCAGCCAUGUUCGGUGGCUGUAUGUGUUGCCUCAUGUGGUCUAUAAGUCCCUACCAUCCAACAUUCAAUGACAGAGUGAUGCCACCAGGUAUGACGAUGGCCCCACACCUAGAUGGCCAUGAGAUCACCUUCAACGUCUCCGAUCGGAAGUCUUGGAAGAGAUAUACGAAGUCUAUGGAGGAAUAUCUAAAGCCAUAUAAUGAUGGCGCUCAGGAGAGGAAGAAUAUCCACUGUCCACGUGAGAGGUACUUCGAGCAGGACGACUUGGAGGAGAGUGCGGAGCGAAAGGCAUGUCAGUUCAAGAGGUCUUGGUUGGGGGACUGUUCAGGCCUCCAGGACCCCCACUAUGGCUAUUCUCAGGGAAAGCCAUGCAUCCUCCUUCGGAUGAACCGGAUUCUGGGGUACUUACCUGGUCAAGGCAAACCUGUAAAUGUGACUUGUGCAGUUAAGAGAGGGCCGCCAGAAGCAUUGGGAGAACUCCAGUUCUUUCCUAAAAGCACUUUUGACAUGAAGUACUACCCAUACUAUGGGAAACUCAGACAUGUAAACUACUCUUCACCAGUGGUAGCUGUGCGUUUUGCGGGAGUGCAGUAUGACUCCCACAUCCAAAUACAAUGCAAACUCAAUGGUAAGGGCAUCAUCAAUGAUUCCCCCACUGAUCGCUACCUGGGCAGUGUGACCUUCUCCUUGGAGGUGGGAGCAUAGAGGGAAACUUUUAGAACCCCCCCAUCCCACCCCCCAGCCAUCACCUCCCAUGACAAAAUGAGAUGGGAAAAUAUGUGACAAAUCUCAUUGUUGAACCAUUCCUUUUACACGAAAUAAGUUAGAUCUCCCCCCCUCUCCUCCUCCUCCUCUCCUCACUUGUGCAUCCCUUUGCCCAGGAGAGCAAAUUCCUCAAGUAUGGUUUCAGGAACAGGAGGUAGAUUGCCCUUCUAGUCCUCCUGUUCUGUGUUUUCCCCUGGUGCCUUGAGAGCAUUUACUAAGGCAUGCAUGCACAAACACACCGGCACACACAUGCACAAACACACUUCACAGAGACCGUGCUGAGCACACGACAUGUAGAGAGACUGAAUUAUUACCCUUGAACACCUGAUAUUUUGCAAUGAAUAGCAAAGAUUAAAAUAACUAAAUUCACAAUAGAAGCCAUCUUUUACACACUGCCCAGUAGUUAGCAUUUUUAGCUAUGCAAAUCCGAUUUUGACUUAAACCAUUAAUAGACAAUUAGAAUUUUGUUGAAUAAGGAUAGGAUAUGGUUUUUUGUGGCAUUUUUUGGUGUGACAUCAAAGUGUGUACUAAUUUCUUUUGCAUACUUUUCAAAUGCAUGUAUAUUUUAAGGAUUCCAAGAAGUAUCUUGCAAACACUGUCUGGAAGCAGGACUUAUACUGUACUUACACGGUAAAAAAAUGAAUAAAUAAAUGACUGCAAAUACAGAGUUACUUUAUUGGUGUAGGCUAGCUCAGUAUUAUAUUACAUUUAUGAACAAGCAUUAUAAGCCUUCUUGCCUUCUCUUUUGUAAAAACAUCUGACUGCUUUUGAAAAUGAAAUACUACAGAAGAAUGUGAUCAAUAAAAAAGAGACCUAC